AUGCAUGGUAUGAUGAAUUUGUUCUGUGAUGGUAAAGAACUCACUGUACACUAUACUAAUUUCUCAGAAGAGUACGAUGAGAAGUAUGAUGUGGAUGUGUUCAACAACAUGGAAGAAUUGGAAGAGUUCAGGGCAAGAUUUAGGCUGAGCAGUGUCCAGAUACAGGAUCAUGAUUGCAAGCUUAUAUGUCAAGUUGUUGAAGUACUAAACGAGGAGCAUAAGUUCAAGAAACAAGUUGGAGGAGGAGGAGGGAAGAAGAAGAAGAAGAGUGUUUGCACUUAUGUGGUUACAUGGCAGCAUGGUCCAUUGGAUUGCAAGAGAGUAGGAAUUGAGGAGGAUGAACAACGAAAUUUCGCUACUAUUCCUGAUAUUGUUGAAGUCUUUUCCAGAAACUAA